AUGGUGCAGAGGAUUUCAAGGUCCUCCGGGCGUACUCUUCUUUCCCUUUAUAGCAGGCCAAUUGCAACACGCAACCCCCUAGUUCGCCAUGAACCUGCUCGUCGCCAAUAUGCGGCAGCCAGUAUUACACAUGCCGGUGCCGCGGAUGCACCAGUUCAGUACUCGCCUGUGACGAAACCCCCGAGUGCACGACCAGCGGAGACAAGAAAGAGCCAACUGAUCCGAACCUACACAUCUCUACUGCGCACAACACCCUUAAUCCUCUUCUUUCAGCACAGCAACCUGACAGCUAUCGAAUGGGCUGCCGUGCGGAGAGAGCUCAAGAAGGCUGUAUCCGCGAUACCUCCUACAAUCGUCGGCCCGGAUGGGAUGGCCAUCGAUAUCAGCGACAGCGUGCAACUACAGGUUCUAAGGACAAAGAUGCUUGACGUCGCACUGAAGAUUGUCGAAUUUUACAACCCAGAGGCUGCCGCGGCUAUGGGCACUACGGCGCGCACCACGAGAGGUCCGAUUAUUCAUGAUCUAUCCGAGGCAGCGUACCAGGCCAUUCACAAGGCUGAGGUGACUUCUGAAUCAGCCUACAGCCAAAUCGAGCCUCUCAUGGUUGGCCCCAUAGCGGCGCUUGUCAUGCCCGCCGUGUCGCCUGCACAUCUCGCUGCUGCGCUUAGCAUCCUAUCACCGGUUCCUGGCAGUUUCCCGCCACCGACGAGAAAGAAGAAUCCAGGCUACCACGAGCCAAUCUGCCAGAAUGGUCUUGCCAAGCUGACCUUGGUUGGUGGUCGUAUCGAGGGCAAGGUCUUCGACCAGUCUGGCGUCAACUGGGUGGGUGGCAUUCCUGGCGGCAUGGACGGGCUACGUGCUCAGCUGGUGCGUGUCCUGCAAAGCACAGGUCUAGGAAUCACUUCCACGUUAGAAGGUGGGAGCAAGAACCUGUGGCUAGCUCUCGAGGGCAGAAAGGAGCAGCUCACGGACGAGUAG